AUGACAGUUAAGAAAAAAGACAUUAAUAACACCCAAAAAGACCCUCUUAAAAGACCCUCCAAAAAGACAAGUAUUCUUAUCCUUUUAUCAAAAAUAUCCAAGAUACGAUGGGGGAGAAAAUCCGUGAGAGAAAAUCAUAAAAAAAUAAUUUAUAGUAAUAUAAAUAAGGAUAUAAAUAAGGAUAUAAAUAAGAAUAUAAAUAAGAAUAUAGAUGAUAAAUAG